CACCUCUAUCCCAAAUAAGCAAAAUUUCUUGAUGUCAGUAUUAAUUAUGCCCAUUACUUUUUUGGAAAUAAGUAAAUUACAGUGCUAUUUAUUGUAACUUGUCUUGCAAUUAUUAUUUUUUUGUUAAAAUUACUUAACUUUCGACCAUCCAUUUAUUUCUUAUCAGGUUUUUUAGUUAGAAGCACAAUAUGGUGUACUAUUUUACAAGCAAUGUUGUUGAUCCACCAGCAACUAUCUAUAUGGGGUUAGAUAAAUUUGAAAAUGAAUCUCUCAUUAAGUAUGGAUUUCCAGAAGAUAUUUGGUUCCAUGUUGAUGAUAUGUCAUCUGCUCAUGUUUAUUUAAGAUUACAGAAGAAUCAAACAAUUGAUGACAUUCCACCUGCUUUGAUACAAGACUGUGCACAACUUGUUAAAGCAAAUAGUAUACAAGGUUGUAAGAAAAAUAAUAUACAAGUUGUCUAUACAGAAUGGUCUAACUUGAAGAAAACAGGUGAUAUGGUUGUUGGUCAAGUUGCUUUUCAUAAUUCCAAAAAGGUUAAGACUAUAAAAGUGGAGAAGAAAUUAAAUGAUGUUUUGAAUAGACUUAAUAAAACUAAAGUGGAAAGAUUUCCUUGUUUGCAAACUGAAAGAGAAGAAAGGGACCGACAGGAAAGAGCUGAGCAAAAAGAAAAACAAAGAAAAUUAAAAGAACAAGAGAAACAGGAAGCUGCUCGAAAGGAAGAAGAAGAAAAAUUAAGAAACUAUGCAACUCUUAUGAAUGCACAAAUGCAGUCAAACCAGGAUGGUGGUGAAGAUUCCGAUGACUUCAUGUGAAAUUAAUGGAAUUUUUGAUAAUAAAAAUUCUUUGAAGUUUUGAUUUUGUAUUGUAUAAAGAAAUGUUAUAAAAUUAUAAUUGGCUUAAUAAUCUGACUUUAAAGAAUUUUUCUUAUUGUCAAAAAAAUCCUUUUGUUUUUAUUGCAACAAAUAUUUGAAUACUGGCAAUAAAAUGUUGAUGAAAGAAAUGGAAA